CAGCCUGACAACCAACGGGACCGGAACAGCAGCGGCGCCUGCGGCCAGGGGAGCGCACUCCGGAUGUGGCGUCAGCCAGUGGGGGAGCGGCGGGGGUGAAGGGUCACCCGGAAGUGGAGUUUGUUGUUGUGGCCAUGGCGGGCAUCAAAGCUUUGAUCAGCCUGUCAUUUGGUGGAGCCAUUGGACUGAUGUUUCUGAUGCUUGGAUGUGCCCUUCCGGAGUACAACAAAUACUGGCCACUAUUUGUUCUUUUCUUUUACAUUAUCUCUCCAAUUCCAUACUGCAUAGCAACAAGAGUAGUUGAUGACACUGAUGCAGCAAGCAGUGCUUGCAAAGAACUUGCCAUAUUUCUCACCACAGGCAUAGUCGUCUCAGCUUUCGGGCUGCCUAUAAUUUUUGCUCGAGCAACACUGAUUCACUGGGGAGCAUGUUCUCUGGUACUAACAGGCAAUAUCAUCAUCUUUUCAACCAUUCUGGGAUUUUUUGUUGUUUUUGGCACUAACGACGACUUCAGUUGGCAGCAGUGGUGAGAGGUGCAUAUGCCAGCAAAUACUGGAGCGAAGUGUAUCCUAGAAAUCAUAGAAACCAAAAAGGAACUAUGCAAUGAUAUCAACUAUCAUCCAACAACAGACAGUACAAUUAUUUUUGUUGGACUGCACAAAUAUAUGCUUGCAGGAGACUGCAUCCCUUUCUAGUUUAAUCAUUAUUUGCUAUUAUAUUAUAUUUGCAAUCCCUUUUUAUUUUUAACUUUUAUACCUAAUAAGGAACUGGACAAAGCUAGAUGCAAAUUUGUAAAUAAAACCCCUAUUAAAGAAAUGACAUUUUUGGUUUCAGUAGCUAUUUUUUCCCUUUAAAUUAUUUUAUAAUGUAAAUGUCUUCAGAUCAGAGUAUUUACUGCCUUUUGUGCUACUGUUUACACAAAUAAUAGGUCGUAUGUGCAAUAAUAUUUUAGUGAUGUGUUGUAAAGUUAGUACUGUGCCGCAUGUCUAUUAUAUUUAAGCUUUGCUGUCAAUAAAAUAUCCGUAUAAAGACAAA